AGAAAGAGUGAAAGCACAUGCACUCCCUAUAAUGGUCGGUUAAAAGUGGACACGUUCACCUUCGUCCUCACAAAAGUGAAUAUAAAGUCAUUUUAAUCUUCUCUACCAGGAUUAUUAUGUUUCUACUGUGUCAUUCUGAAGAGUUUUGUCUCCCGAACACGUGUUGAAGACUCAGAGACAUGUUGCUCAGUACUCUAUCUGGGUUAGCAUUGCUGCCCUUGCGCCUAAUAAUGAGGGUUCCCUGCAACCACAGCCUGUCCUGAAUGUGUGCAGCAGCCAACUAUAUACUCCCACUGAGGAGACAAAGUGAGGGCUUGGCGAAUCCGGGCAGGCUGUGUGGGGGGGUGUCGAUGCCCGCCCAUGCCCCUGGAGCCCGGUCACGUGGAGCACCCCACGACCCAGAGAUGGACCUAGCCUGGCAGGAACUGAUGGCCAUCACAGAGCUUCAGGAGUUUGAGGUCCCCCAUGAUGGCCCAUAUGAAACUAUUCAGUACCAUCCCACAGAGCCACCUAUAUCUCUGGGAGGUUAUAGCAUGGCUCAGUCUCAUACACAGCCUCUCCCCUGUUGUGUCGAGACAAACCGUGAUGUUGCAUAUGAGGGAACCUACUCUGAAGUAAUGCCAGCCUGCCAGCAUCAGGCUACCAGUGAAUUAACUGAGGCACUGUACAGACAUUCUGGAACUCAUUCUGGAGCCCAGCUGAAUCCCAGAGUUCUGAACCCUCUGCCACCACCGCAGAUUAAUUUUCUAGAACAUAUGAGUCUGAUGAGUGUCGGUGGUGAGGGGUCUGUUGGAAAAGACAAUGCUGGCCUCUCUCAGGGUUCGAGUCGACACAUGCUAGGGACUGAUCACAGGCAGGGCAAACACCAACCAUGCACUGUGGAUGAUCUGGAGUCUGACUCGGGCCUAUCGCUGGGGUCUAGCCCACCGCUGGCCUCACCGGAUGAUGUCAUGACCGGUGUACCUGCUUGUUCAAGCACAGAGGUUGGUCUGAACUAUAGUCACAGGGGGGUGGAGAGUAUGGGUGAGCAAGGUAGGAGAGCUAGCCUCCUUUACUCCUUGGAUUAUCAGCAGCAUCCUACCCAGUCCUACCCCUACUCAGGGCCGCACCCCUCUUACUUCCCUGUAACACAACCAUCCCAAAUGCAACCACAGCCUCACUUCCUGCCUCCCAUGUCAAUGAAACAUCAACAGGGUUUACCGAGUGCAUUGAAUGACUUGCACCUUAACAGCUCUGUCAGCAUAGGGAGCUCUUCUCAGGCGUUUUAUGUAAAACCCAGAGGCAACCCUCCUCCUGUCCCUCUGAGCCGGGACGAACGCAGAGCUCACGCCCUCAAGAUCCCUUUCCCUCUGGAGAAGAUCAUCAACCUACCCGUGGACGACUUCAACGAGCUCCUGACCAAGUACACGCUCACGGACGCCCAGCUCGCCCUCGUCAGAGACAUCCGCCGGCGGGGGAAGAACAAGGUGGCGGCUCAGAACUGCAGGAAGAGGAAGCUGGAGAAUAUAGUUAAUCUGGAGGGAGAGCUGGGUCAGCUGCAGGCCCAGAGGGAUCACCUGGCCAGAGAGAGAAUGGAGUUCCAACACAACCUAGCUAUUGUUAAACACCGCCUCACAGACUUGUAUGCGGAAGUGUUCUCUCAGCUCCGGGAUGAGGAUGGACAUCCCUACUCUAUAGAGGACUACUCUCUACAGCAGACCCCUGAUGGGAACGUAUACCUGGUGCCACGUACUGACGUGUUGGAUGGAGAAUAAUGUAAAGAUGAAAUCUAUUGGACAGCUAUUGUAUACUGCCUCCCUGUUUAUAUACCAUUAUGAAAUGUUGAUACAUCUACAGUACAGUAAGAGCCAUUAAGUAUACUGAACAAAAAUAUAAAACGCAACAAUUUCAAAGAGUUACAGUUCAUAAGUUAUUGAAGUAAAUCAGUUAGGCCCUAAUCUAUGGAUUUCACAACUGGGAAUAGAUAGGCAUCUGUAGGUCAAAUACCUUUUCUUAAAAAAAAAAGUGCCUUAGGAUCUCACCACGGUAUCACUGUGCAUUCAAACUGCCAUCUAUAAAAUGCAAUUGUGUUCAUUGUCCUUAGCUUAUGCCUGCCCAUAACCCCACUAUGGUGCACUCUGUUGACAUCAGCAAACCACUCGCCCACACACGUUGUCUUGAGGCAGGUUGGGCGUACUUCCAAAUUCUCCAAAACAACAUUGGAUGCAGUUUAUGGUAGAGAAAUUAGCAUGGUGGACAUUCCUGCCUUCAGCAUGCCAAUUGCACUCUCCUUCAAAACUUGAGACAUGUGGCAUUGUGUUGUGGUUCAAAACUGCACACUUGAGUGGCUUUCUUUUGUCCCCGUCAGGUGCACCUGUGUAAUGAUCAUGCUGUUUAAUCAGCUUCUUGAUAUGCAACACCUGAGUUGGAAGGAUUAUCUUGGCAAAGAGUAAUGCUCACUAACAGGGAUAUAAACAAAUGUGCACAAAAUGAGAAAUAAUAUUUUUGUGCAUUUUAUUUCAGCUCAUUAACAUAGAUGUUGGUCCCAUGUUUAAUGUUGAAAGUGUAUGCCAGCUACAAGUCAUUUUAGAUACUGUGCUCAUAUGUACAAUCGAGUCAAUAGUUACAAGUGAAGUCAUAUGGCUAUACUUGUUCUGGAUACAUUUUAUUCAAUGUUGUAAGACUACAGCGCCUUCAGAAAGUAUUUAUACCCCUUAUUGAAAAAUGAUUUCACGCAAGUAUUCACACCUGAGUCAAAAGCUGAUUUAAGUCCAAACUAGGCCACUCACAUUCAAUGUAGUCUUGGUAAGCAACUCGUGUAUAUUUGGCUGUGUUUGAGGUUAUUGUCCUGCUGAAAGGUGAGUUUGCCUCUUAGGGUCUGAUGGAAAGUAGACUGAACCAGAUUUUCUUUAGGCUUUUGCCUGUACUCAAUUCCAUUUAACAAAAAAUAAUCUCCAUUGUCCUUGCGGAUGACAAGAACACCCAUAACAUGAUGCAGCCACAACCACCGUACUUAGUGAUGUGUUGAAUUUGCCCCAAGCAUAACACUGUAUUCAGGGCAUAGGUUAUAUCUUGCCAACUGGAUGUAUGGUUUGAAUAUUUGUUCUGUACAGGCUUCCUUUUCACUCAUUUAGGUUAGCAUUGUGGAGUAUCAAUGUUGAUCCAGCCUCAGUGUUCUCCCAUCAGCCAUUAACACGGUUUUAAAGUCACCAUUGGCCGCCAUCUCCAGCAACAGCGUUUUGAAAGACACCUGUAUCUUUGUAGUGUAAUUUAUAACGUCACCAUGUGCAAAGGGACAUUCAAUAACUCCCUGGCCUUGAUGUUUGAAAUGCACUGCUCAACCUCACAGAUAAUUGUUUGUGGGGUACAGAGAUGAGGUAGCCAUUCAAAAAUCAUAUUAAACACUUAUUGCACAGAGUCCAUGCAACAACCUAAGCAAAUUUACUCUGCAAAAUAGUUAUUCCCCAUAAGUGGUCGACAGCUUUAAAUUUGUAUACAUUUCUAAAAACAAAUCCACUGACAUGGGCUAUUGGUAGGACAGCGACGAAGUUGCAAUUUAUUCCAUGAAAGUUCAGGCUGUAACACAAGGUUGAAAAAGUCAAGUGGUGUGCAAACUUCCUGAAAGUGCCUUUUCAUUCAAUCAAGACAUACAUUUGGGGAAAUUCUAUCAUGUCCCUGCAUGAAUUCUAUUAGAGGAUGAAAAUUGUUAACCAUCUAUGCGGCUGUUUAAUCAUAGUAUUUAGCAAAUGAAAGGACCAAAAUGGAAGAUAUUUUUGUAAAAAUAUUUUAUUGGCAAAACUGAUGCGGGUAAAAAAAAAACGAGUAAAAUCCUGCACAGCAGUAACAAAAAAUGACCAUUGCAUUUCUCCAGGCACCCUAAAACAGAAGACAAAAAUCACGACAGCCUUAGAGACGAGGCUUCAGAUAUUCUCCCACAAUACAAGACAAAAAAUAUGAAUAUUUCCAACGGUCACUGUCUCUUACCUUGUGCAAUGUUACUGUGUUCAACUCAUCAUGCUUUCAGUAGCAGUCCUUCAAAAGCAGUCAGUUUCCUAGGAAGUAUCAGAAGAAAAGGAGACUGAAACAAUGUAACACUGAAAGGCAUUAAUUAGUCUGUUACCAUUUCAUAGUUUGACUGCAAACAUAAGCAUGCAUUACAAGUAAUGUAGCAUAUCUUUACGAUUUGUGCCAAAGGUCAAUGCCCCUUGUAUUACCAGAUGAACAGGGGGCAGUGAUUUGUAAUAAAACAUCUCUGCACAUCCAAAUAAACUGUACAUGGUCA